UCUAACCCAGUAACCCCCACGCCCCACCCCCAAACGGAACCUAGCCCCUCUCUUCUCCGUUCUCACAGUCUCGCUCUCUACACCCUCAGCGCCGGCGAGACCGUUCCUCCCACCACCUUGCAGCCCCGCGAAGCCUUCCUCCCAGCGCCGCCGAAUCUUUCCUCCCACUGCUCCCAGGACCUCCUCGCGGACAGAGAGAGCAACACGAAGCCUCAGCCACAGCCAGCGCCCAGCAGCCCAGCACCACCCUCGCACAGUCGCACCUAGCAGGCCAGCAGUAGCACAGCACCAUCCACUCACCCAGGACCACCCAGCGGACAGAGCACCACGCCACCACCCAGCAGCGUUUCUGGCCACCCACAACACAACACCUCCCAUCCAGUCACCGAUUCAAGUCAGAGAUGGAGCCCGAGCCACUGAGUCAGGUAUAAAGGUGGACCAGCAUUACCGAGGAAGUUGAUCUCGCAGGGUGCUGCACAGAAGCAAUAUAGCGUUGAGGUUCACCCACUCAUUUUGAAGUUGACUGAUGCCAGAGAUAACAAUGUGUUAACUGUAAAAUUAAGCAAAAAGGUACCAAUUGAUUUCAUAUGGGGUUGUCUUGUUGUCUUCUUGCAAUCCUAGAUUCCUAGGCGUCGGUAUCAAGAAUCAACAGAAUCUUUCUUCUCGUUGUUGACGGUUAACCACGGACACACCUCUGCGCUGGCGAAGUUCCCUGCCACGCUUGGCUGCUUCAUUUUUUGCGACACAGACACCAUAUGGAUCUUCUGCGCGACGCAUAUUACCAUUCUUCAGACGACGAAGAUCAGCCCAAACGUCAGAGGCUCUCACUCUCGUCUUCUUCUUCUUCUUCUUCUUCUUACCCACCAAAACCCUAUUUUCCUCCAACUCCUCCUCCAUCUUCUUCUCUCAAUCCAAAUCCCAUUCCUGGAAGCUAUGUUUCAAAGAGACAACGAGCACUUCUCGCUCCUCUCCCUGACCCUGACCCUAUGCCUCUCCCGCUUCACUCUUCGUCUACACAUUCUGCCACAGGAAGUAUCUCAGAUGCUGAUAUACCACGUAAUGUUCUAUCAUUGCUGAAAAACAAACCGAAGUGUCAUCAAAGACUGAAUCCGAUUCCUGAAAAGCUAUCUGCGGCUCUAUGUGGGCAUACCAAAGCCGUCAAUGCUAUACAUUGGUCAUCAACUCAUGCUCAUCUCCUUGCAUCUGCUGGGAUGGAUCAUACGGUUUGCAUUUGGAAUGUAUGGAGCAGAGAUCAGAAGAAAGCACGCAUGUUGAACUUCCACAAUGCAGCGGUGAAAGAUGUGAAAUGGUCUCCACAAGGGCUCUUUCUACUUUCAUGUGGGUAUGAUCAUACAUCGAGAUUGAUCGACGUUGAAAAGGGAUCAGAGACUCAGGUUUUCAAAGAAGAUCAAGUUGUUGGAGCUAUUAAGUUCAAUCCGAACAAUUCAAAUCUUUUCCUUUCUGGGGGAUCACAGGGCCAUAUCAAACUAUGGGAUAUCAGAACUGGAAAAGCAGUGCAUAACUAUACUAGGAAUUUAGGUCCUAUUUUGGAUGUUGAGUUUAUGGUGAAUGGGAAGCAAUUCAUUUCUUCUAGUGAUGUAUCUAGGAGCAAUGUCAGCGAGAACUCUAUCAUUGUUUGGGAUGCUUCAAGGGAGGUUCCGUUGUCUAAUCAGGUUUAUGCAGAAGCUUAUACUUGUCCAUGUAUAAGGUGCCAUCCAUUUGAUUCGACUUUUGUUGCCCAAUCAAAUGGGAAUUACAUUGCUAUUUUUACUGCCACCCCGCCUUACAGACUCAACAAAUAUAAGCGGUACGAGAGCCAUGGUGUCUCGGGCUUUCCAAUUACUUGCAACUUCAGCUUGGAUGGGAAGAAGCUUGCCUCUGGGUCUUCAGAUGGUUCUAUUUACCUUUACGAUUAUCAGUCAUCAAAAGUUUUAAACAAAAUCAAGGCCUACGACCAAGCAUGCAUCGAUGUCGCCUUCCACCCUGCUCUACCUAACGUUAUCGCUUCGUGCUCGUGGGACGGAAGAAUUUCUGUGUUUGACUUGCAAACAUAAAAACUGGAAGGAGUGCACAGUUUUUGGUUUCUUUGAGUCAAUGUAGUGGUUCCUGUUUUGUUAUAACUAAAGGUUUGAACGGUGAAACCUCUCACAGGUUUUAUUUCUUGAAAGUCUUGUGUUUUUUUAAUUAUUCUACCAUUCAGAUUAGGUUUAUUGUUAUUCCAUUACAGAUUAGGUCAAGGUGAAUCAUGUUGUUUACAGAACUGUUCAAAAGUAUUUGCCUCAAGUGAGAAAUCAAUGACUAAACUCUAAUGAUGUGACAGAUUCUUGUUCUGAACAGUAUAGCAACUACAAAU